CAGAAUCAAAUAAAAAACGAAACAACUAAAAGACGCAACCAUCCCUCCACAAUCCACGUUCUCUUUCCUUCCGAUUCCUGCCUAUGCAGAAUAUUUUAACUUAGAUUCAAUCAUAAUUCAAAGCUUUUAUCACCUAUUCCCAUUUCUCUUUGUAUACCCAACCGAAGAGACUAAGAAUCGAGGAUAGAUUGUUCGAUCCAUAUUACCCAUAUGGCUUCUUUGAGCUUUACCCAGAUAAGAGGUAGGCACUCUCUUGCCGAAUUUGCCGCUGUCAGGACUCGCCAGACUUCUUUAACGAAUCAGCGGCUCAGAAACAGAAUUGGGUCGUUGCGUGUGGUGGCUGAUGCUGGCGCUAAAGGAGAGCCCGAUUUGAGUGUCACUGUUAAUGGGUUGCAAAUGCCUAACCCAUUUGUUAUCGGCUCUGGUCCACCUGGUACCAACUAUACGGUCAUGAAGCGUGCCUUUGACGAAGGCUGGGGUGCUGUGAUCGCCAAAACAGUGUCACUUGAUGCAUCAAAAGUUAUAAAUGUAACUCCUAGAUAUGCCAGGCUAAGAGCAGGUGCAAAUGGCUCAGCUAAAGGGCAGAUAAUUGGGUGGGAGAAUAUAGAACUUAUAAGUGAUAGACCUCUUGAAACUAUGCUCAGUGAAUUCAAGCGAUUAAAAGAAGAAUACCCAGAAAGGAUUCUUAUUGCUUCUAUCAUGGAGGAGUAUGAUAAAGCUGCCUGGGAAGAACUUAUAGAUAGAGUUGAACAAACUGGCAUCGAUGCCAUUGAAGUCAAUUUCUCAUGUCCCCAUGGUAUGCCUGAACGGAAAAUGGGCGCAGCAGUUGGGCAAGAUUGUGUCCUUUUGGAAGAGGUUUGUGGAUGGGUAAAUGCUAAAGCUACAGUACCAGUUUGGGCAAAGAUGACUCCAAAUAUCACAGACAUAACACAGCCAGCUCGGGUGGCACUAAGCUCAGGGUGUGAGGGAGUAGCUGCUAUUAACACCAUCAUGAGUGUAAUGGGCAUCAAUCUGAAAACCUUACGACCGGAGCCCUGUGUUGAGGGAUACUCAACUCCUGGGGGUUAUUCUUCCAAAGCAGUCCAUCCUAUUGCACUUGGCAAAGUCAUGAAUAUUGCCAAAAUGAUGAAGUCGGAGUUUAACCUUGAGCAGUACUCACUUUCUGGUAUUGGAGGUGUGGAAACCGGUAAUGAUGCUGCUGAGUUUAUUCUUCUUGGAGCAAGUACAGUUCAGGUAUGCACUGGGGUUAUGAUGCAUGGAUAUGGCCUUGUGAAGAAGCUUUGUGAGGAACUGAAGGAUUUUAUGAAAAUGCACAACUUCUCAUCAAUAGAAGACUUUAGAGGGGCCUCUCUCGAUUACUUUACAACUCACACAGAUUUGGUACGACGACAGAAAGAAGCAAUCGAACUUAGGAAAGCUGUCAAAAAAGGUUUGCAGUCUGAUAAAGAUUGGACAGGAGAUGGCUUUGUGAAGGAGACAGAGAGCAUGGUUUCCAACUAAAUUGCCAUUACAGUAAGCAUUCUCUCUUGUACAAUUAAAAUAAAUUGGACAUUUACAUUAUGUUAUGUUGAUAGCUGAACUUUUUUCAUCCUUUUCCCUUUAUAAUUCUGUUAAAUUAUAGAACAGGGAAAGUAUAGGAAUAAUUGAAUUGAUCUUGUAAUAACUUGUCUCGCGCUUGCCCUCUUAGAUGAUGUAAAGAAAAAAUCAGCACUGCCAUAUUAAACAAGUCGUUGACAUUUGUUCGAGUUCUGUCGAUAAAAAUUUUAAAAUGAUUGUUAAAAAUAAAGCUUUCUAAUUCUGUGAUUG